AAACAAAGAAACCGGCGCGAUUCUAAUAACAACUUUGAGGUCAAUAAAGUCAGAAACAGCAAAAUGCGAUUACUUAGCUGUGCGGUUUAUUUAAUGCUUUGCUGCAUGACCUUUGGCCAAGUCAGUGUACAGGAUGUCGAGGGCAGUGGAAAUGUACUGCCUGUGGUUCUGUGGCACGGCAUGGGCGACACUUGUUGUUUCCCCUUCAGUCUUGGAGCCAUCAAAAAGCUGAUCGAGGCGCAUACAAAUGGCACCUACGUGCGUUCUCUGGAAAUAGGCGGAAAUAUUGUGCUGGACUAUGAGAGCGGUUUCUUUAUACAUCCCAAUAAGCAGGUGGACUAUGUCUGCAAGCAGCUGGCACGGGACGAAAAGCUAACCAAUGGUUAUAAUGCCAUUGGAUUCUCCCAAGGCGGGCAAUUUCUUCGCGCCCUCGCACAACGCUGCCCAACUCCGCCAAUGCGCACACUCAUCAGUCUGGGCGGACAGCAUCAGGGCAUCUUUGGUCUGCCAAAGUGUCCAACACUCAAAGUCAAAAGCUGUGAAUAUAUCAGCAAGCUGCUUAACUAUGCUGCCUAUGAGGAUCGUGUGCAGGAGGGACUGGUCCAGUCCACCUACUGGCAUGAUCCGCUGCACGAGAACACCUAUCGACUAAAGAGCAGCUUCCUGGCGGAUAUCAACAACGAGCUGUACAUCAAUGAACGCUAUUCCGAGAAUCUGAACAAGCUUAAAAAACUUGUCUUGGUCAAGUUCCUCAACGACACCAUUGUGCAGCCCAAGGAAUCGCAAUGGUUUGAGUUCUUUGAGCCUGGUCAGGAUCAGCACAUACUUCCGCUCAAUCAGAGCAAAGUCUAUAAGAAUCUCGGUUUGGAUUUGAUGAAUGAACGCAAAAGGCUGCAGUUUCUCAGUGUUGAAGGUGAUCAUCUGGCCAUAUCCACAGCAUGGUUCUUAGAGCAUCUGGUGCCGUUGCUGCUAGAAGUUCAUUAAAAACCACAACCCAGAGCGAUAAUGAUGCGGGGGGCAAACAAAGAAAA